AUGCAAGUAGUAACAGAAUUUAAAACUGAACGAGAGCCAAACUGUUCUGACCCUGAUGCAGAAGGAGUGAGUCCUGCUCCUGUGGAGUCCCAGACACCAAUGGAUGCAGAUAAGCAGGCCAUUUAUAGACAUCCACUCUUUCCAUUAUUAGCACUGUUGUUUGAAAAAUGUGAACAAUCUACACAAGGCUCAGAGGGCACAACUUCUGCCAGUUUUGAUGUAGAUAUUGAAAAUUUUGUUAGGAAGCAAGAAAAGGAGGGAAAACCAUUUUUUUGUGAAGAUCCAGAAACUGAUAAUUUGAUGGUAAAAGCAAUACAGGUUCUACGUAUACAUCUACUUGAGCUUGAAAAGGUUAAUGAACUCUGCAAAGAUUUCUGCAGUCGCUAUAUUGCUUGUCUGAAAACUAAAAUGAACAGUGAAACUCUGUUGAGUGGAGAACCAGGAAGUCCUUAUUCCCCUGUACAGCCCCAGCAAAUUCAAAGUGCCAUCACAGGCACACUCAGUCCCCAAGGGAUAGUGGUGCCAGCAUCAGCAUUGCAACAGGGAAAUGUAACUAUGGCAACAGUGGCAGGUGGCACAGUAUAUCAGCCUGUUACAGUGGUCACUCCACAAGGUCAAGUUGUGACACAGGCAUUGUCACCUGGAACCAUUAGGAUCCAAAAUUCACAGCUUCAGUUACAGUUAAACCAAGAUCUCAGCAUCUUGCAUCAAGAGGAUGGCUCAUCUAAGAAUAAAAGGGGAGUUCUGCCCAAACAUGCUACAAAUGUCAUGAGAUCUUGGCUCUUUCAGCAUAUAGGGCAUCCCUAUCCAACAGAGGAUGAGAAAAAGCAGAUUGCUGCUCAGACCAACCUGACACUUCUCCAAGUAAACAAUUGGUUUAUCAAUGCCAGAAGACGAAUUCUCCAGCCAAUGUUGGAUUCCAGCUGUUCAGAAACUCCAAAAACAAAGAAAAAAACAGCUCAGAAUAGACCAGUUCAGAGAUUCUGGCCCGACUCUAUUGCAUCAGGGGUUGCUCAACAACCACCUAAUGAACUUACUAUGUCAGAAGGAGCUGUUGUGACCAUUACUACACCAGUUAAUAUGAAUGUGGACAGCCUCCAAUCCCUGUCAUCUGAUGGUGCUACGUUAGCAGUGCAGCAAGUCAUGAUGGGAGGACAGAGUGAGGAUGAAUCUGUGGAUAGCACUGAAGAUGAUGGAGGAGAGCUCACAGCGACAAAUAUUAGUGGCCUGGUUUUGGAUAACAGUGAUUCUCUGCAAUAGGAAGGAAGAGAAUGUGGCCAUAGAUAGGGGGGAAAAAUGGACUUGACUGACUUUUUAUAGUUUGCACAGCAAACAUUUUACACAAGUUUUAUUUCUAAUGUUUUAUAUGUAGAUAUAGAAGGGUGCACUUUUUGUAUUUCAUAGUAAGCUUAAACAGUCUUUGCAGGUACAGCAACUUCUUUCAAAUGUGUGUGUGGUUUUUUUUUUUGUUUGUUGGGGGGGGUUUGAAUUUUUCUUUAAAGGUUUAACUCUAAUAUAAUGAA